AUGUCGACAAUAACACCCGACGCGCUCCAGUCGGGACAACCUCCCAUCAUUCCCAUGUCCUUCAACGGCAACCAACCCGAAAAGGUGACACUCUACCCGCUGUCUAACUACACAUUUGGCGUCAAAGAGACACAACCUGAAGAGGACCCAUCGGUUAUCGCCCGACUCAAGCGCCUCGAAGAGCACUACACGGAACAUGGCAUGCGCCGCACGUGCGAAGGCAUUCUCGUCUGUCACGAACAUAACCACCCGCAUAUUCUUAUGCUUCAGAUCGCCAAUGCCUUCUUUAAGCUUCCUGGAGACUACUUGCGCCCGGAAGAUGACGAGCUUGAGGGCUUUAAAUCGCGACUGGACGAGAGGCUAGCACCUGUCGGUCGCAUAGGAGAGGGCGAGGAAGCUGGGGACUGGCAAGUUGGCGACUGCCUGGCCCAGUGGUGGAGGCCCAACUUCGAAACAUUCAUGUAUCCUUUCAUCCCGGCGCAUGUGACGCGGCCUAAAGAGUGCAAGAAACUGUACUUCAUUCAACUGCCAAAGCAAAAGGUUCUUAGCGUCCCUAAGAACAUGAAGCUCCUUGCCGUCCCUCUAUUCGAGCUCUACGAUAAUACUGCCCGAUAUGGCCCACAGCUCUCUGCGAUCCCUCAUCUGCUGAGCCGAUACAACUUCGAGUUCGUCGACGAGAACGGCAACGUGGUUGCUGCCACACCAGGAUCCGCCGCACCAGAGGGUUAUGUCCCACACACAAAGGUUUUGGCAGGCGAUGACACAGACAUGAAGGAGGAAAAUGGGACGAGCUGA